AUGGACUACGAACACCAGCCCGUGAUGCUUCGCGAGGUUCUCGAGAUCCUCGCGCCCAAGCCGGCGCGAAGGUAUCUGGACGGGACCGUGGGGGGAGGCGGACACGCGCGGGAGAUAUUGCGUCAGUCGUGCCCGGACGGAGAGCUCCUGGGCCUGGAUUGCGACGACCAGGCCAUCGGCGCCGCCGGGCAGGCAUUGGCCGGCUUCGGCGAGCGGGUGACCCUGCACCGGACGGGAUUCACCCGGGCGCGGGAAGUUCUGGACGAAGCGGGCUGGCCGGGUGUGGACGGCAUGCUCCUGGAUCUGGGCCUGUCUUCCCAUCAGCUCGACACUCCGGAACGCGGCUUCGGUUUCCGCAGCGACGCCAGACUGGACAUGCGCAUGGACCGCUGCGGUUCGGUGGACGCCCAUGAGCUGGUGAACAGCCUGCCCGUCAGGGAGCUGGAAAAAAUCAUCCGGGAUUUCGGCGAGGAGCCGCGGGCGCGGCGGAUCGCAUGGGCCAUUGACGCCCGGCGUCGCCAGGGAGCCAUCGACUCGACGUGGCAACUGGCGGAGACGGUGGCCCGGGCCAUGGCCGGCUCGACGCGCCGGCCCCGGAAGGCCCGCAGGCCCGCGGCCCAUCCGGCUACCCGGACGUUUCAGGCGGUGCGCAUCGCGGUGAACCGUGAACUGGAAAAUCUCGAGAGCUUUCUCGAGUCGGCCUACGAGUUGCUGUGCGCCAAGGGGCGCCUCGUGAUCAUUUCGUUUCACUCGCUGGAGGACCGGCUGGUCAAGCGCGCGUUUCACAAGUGGGGCCUCGAUUGCGUGUGUCCGCCGCGUCUGCCCGCGUGUGUUUGCGGUUGGGCCCGAAAGGCAACGGCCCUCACCCGCAAACCGCAGGUUCCCGGCAUCGAUGAGAUCCGGGCCAACCCCAGGGCGCGCUCGGCCAGGCUGAGGGCGGUUGAAAGGCUAUAG